CUUCUGCUGUGCGAGACGGAGCACCCCAAACCCUAACAAAGCUAUUUGUAUUCGGAUCUGAAUCCAGUUACAAUAUAUUACCUACUACCACUAACUUCGAUUUCGUUUGCAAACAUUAUCGGGUGUACAUGUGUACACCCAUGCCCUAUGCUGGGUCCGCCCCUCCUUCGCUUGGUUUUGACAUGGGUUGACUUCUAAAAAUAGAGUACUGAUGCUCUGAAAAUUGCGCGCGUGUUCUUGGAAGAAGAGGGUUGACUCGUCUGCAGCCUUCAGAGCAUCUGAGCUGAGCUUUGGUCCUGUCUCCUGUGCAUGUGCUUUAGUGAUGUGUACAAGAACUUAUGUUAGCGUAUUGGUGUUGGUGUUGAGGCACCUUAUGUGACGACGUGUGCAUGUUGUGCUUUGCCAGUUUCAGAUUUAUCCUGCUGAGUAGUGCGUACGCCUGAUACUAUGAUGCUCUCGUCAUUUGUUUGCUCAUGAACCGGCAGGAGUAGGGAGUUUUCCUUUCAGCUGUCGAAUCAUGUUUGUGGUGAGAGAUAUGGUGAUAUUCUGUUGGAGCUAUAAUUCUUUUAACGACAGCAUUUUGUACCUGUUCUGCGUGUCAGGAUGACUUACUAAUUUUCUUAAAAUAAAUAAUUGAAUGAAAAUGGCAUUGGUGCACUAUCUGCUGGUUUCCUUAUCUGUUAGGCAUGCAAUGCAUAGCAAGCUGCCUUUCUCCCCUUUGGCCAUGGGAUAGAGUCAUCAGUGGUUGCAGCAGCAGUGAUGGUGUUACUGGUCAUCCUGCUAGGCAAAUUGUUUCUAUGAAGUGCUAAUCCAGAUUGCAGUGGAUUACAUUUCUGCAACGUGAUUAGAUGGGGUAAUUUAUUUGGUUCUAGAGUUGUUGUUCGAUCUUCGACAUGGUAGUAGCUUUAGGAUGUGCUCCUUCCCAUGUGCAAUUUAGAACUCUUAAUUUAUAGGUAAACUUUUGUUUCCAUGCACAUAUUGAAUCUGUUUUCUUUUUGUGAAGACGUCGAUUUAUUCUCAGUGCCAUUUCCAUGUCAUGAUGACAACACUCAUGUCAACUUUACUCCACUCAAGCCAAUACCUGGUCACCACAUUAUCGAAAAAGUACUAUUUAGGCAGUUGCUGUCCACUUUAUGCUUGUAGAACAUACUAAAUUUGAUUUUUGGAAAUUGCUAGUGAAGAGAGAUUAUUGUGAAAACUUUAUAUAUGUAUUUGCUUUCUGUAAACAGACUUAAUGAUAAAGGGGCCCAUCUAACUAAAUUGUCUUUCCAUAAUCAAAGUUCAUAUAUGUAAGCUAUGUUGUUUUGUUGUAGGCCUGCUGUUUUCCCUGCAUUGGCUUAAUUAGUGUGGUAGUCUUUAGCACACACUUCAGCUUGACAUCAUUUUAACUUUACAAGUCUGGCAUAUGGGUGUGUCAUAACUUUAUUUUGCACUCCCUUUUGGUUAUCAUAAAUAUUAAAUCCACUACUUUACUAAUUUAGAUGGAAUUAAAUAGUCACCAAUACCAUGUGUGGGGGGUCCUAACUGAAAGUGUAAGGCUAUGUGCUUUUCUUUUUGAUCUAUGACUAUGAGAUGAGAUCUGCUUGGACUUGCAUACCUUGAUUAUUGUUGUAGUCUGUACUUCUGUACAAUGUACCUGUACUGUAUGUUACUCUGAACUUCUGCAUUAUUCAUGCUGUCGAUCCUUGCAACUUGGCUUGUUGUAACAGUCUGGAAGUUAGAUACUUUUGUAUUUGUCCAUAACCUAUUUGACCAAUACUGGCAGGGGCUCGCUGGUUGUGCAAAUACCAACUUUUAGAUUAUUGAAAAUGGGAACAUGAAAGGGUCAGGACGAUUAUUUAUUUUGGACAAACAAGAUCUUCCAUGGAACCAUCCUCACAGCCACAGCCUGUGAUGGGUGUUGCUACUGCUGGAUCACAAGCUUAUCCUGCUGCCGCUGCCUAUGCGCCUCCAGCGAUGGUACCUGGAGCUCCUGCUGUUGUUCCUCCUGGCUCACAGCCAGCAGCACCAUUCCCCAAUCCAGCUCAACUCAGCGCUCAGCACCAGAUGGUUUACCAACAAGCUCAGCAAUUUCAUCAACAACUGCAGCAACAGCAACAGCAGCAGCUCAGAGAGUUCUGGACUACCCAGAUGGAUGAGAUCGAGCAGACAACUGACUUCAAGAACCACACCUUGCCACUUGCAAGGAUAAAGAAGAUAAUGAAGGCUGAUGAGGAUGUGCGGAUGAUCUCUGCAGAAGCUCCUGUUGUGUUUGCGAAGGCAUGUGAGGUAUUCAUAUUGGAGCUGACAUUGAGAUCAUGGAUGCACACAGAAGAGAACAAGCGCCGGACCUUACAGAAGAAUGACAUUGCAGCUGCCAUCACUAGGACUGACAUAUAUGACUUCCUGGUGGACAUAAUUCCUAGGGAUGAAAUGAAAGAAGAGGGACUUGGGCUUCAAAGGGUUGGCUUGCCGCCUGCUGUGGGGGCGCCGACUGAUAGCUAUCCACCAUAUUACUAUAUGACAGCACAACAGAUGCCACCAGGAGGUGGAAUGAUAUAUGGUGACCAGCAGGGUCAUCCGGUUACGUAUAUGUGGCAGCAGCCUCAGGGGCAAGACGAAGAGCCUCCUGAAGAGCAGCGGCAACAACGAUCCACCUUAAAGUAGCUAAAAGAUGAUACAGCUAAGGCAUAGCAUGAUGAUCCUGAACAUAGGCCUAUAAACAAAUCAUUUGGUUAUAUGUUAUUGUGCCUAUGAUUGCUGGCUGAUCCAGUUAUUUGUCGUUAAUUAGGUCUGAGUUUCCUAAUGGUAGUUUCGACUCCCGACGCUGCCAUGGCAGCAUUAGAAAAAGAUUGUGAUUUGGUAGGCGAUUGCAGCUAAUGUACUAAAGGUUACCAUUUUCUGUCUGAUUGAAUAUUCGAACUCCUGGGCCUAUGGAGGCCCUUUUAUGUGUUUGCCUCAGUGCCUCUUUUGUUGGCCA